GCUAUAAAUUAGCUAUUGAACUUGCUGGUACAUCAGUGCAGUGAAACGGAUUUCAGGACUAUUCCGGCCGCACCAUGAACAGCGCAAUAGUGGUGAUAUUUGUAGCAAUUUUAGGAUAUUCAACAUGUGCUCCACAAAGGGGCGCAUUUAGACCUCAACCACCAGGACCCUCCGGACAAAUUAUAAGGAUAAUUUCACAGACUCAAGAUGGGCCAAAUGUUGAUGGAUCAUACCAAUGGAGCUAUGAAGCUGAAAACGGUAUCAGAGCCCAAGAGAGGGGUCAAGUGAAGGGUCAGGGUCCCGAAGGUGGUAUAAUGGACGCCCAGGGUGAUUUCUCGUACACUGCCCCUGAUGGUACACCCAUCUCGCUGCAAUAUGUUGCCAAUGAGGGUGGAUUCCAACCCCAGGGUGCCCAUUUGCCCACCUCACCUCCGAUACCAGAGGCCAUCCAAAGAGCUUUGGCUUACAAUGCAGCCCAUCCAGAAGAGGACGAUGGUGGUCAAGCCAGAGGUAGCUUCAAUGCUAGAGGAUAACCUGGAUUUUCUUAGGCCUAUUUAUUGAUACAUUAUAACUUGUUCUGUGUUUAUGGCAUGUCCCCACAUGUUCUGUGAGAUAUUUACCACUGUAUAAAGAAGCUGUAAUAAAUAAUGCAAUUUUGAAUAAGAAAUAAUAUUUUUAGUGAAGU